GGUAACUAAUCGAUUGUUGGUACUAGUUCCGUAUCAUUUUUUGGGAUGGUAUUUUUCUAGUAGUACAACUUGGAUUUAAAGGGAAAUGGCUGAAUAGGAUCUCCUGUGUAUAUUCAAGAAACUAUGUCUUACGAGUUGUUGCAUUUUAUUUGCUUCCCCUCUUGACUUCAAACCCCAUCAAAUAAUACAUACUUACCUAAAACUUGACUUGAGGCAUCGAAUUUGGCUUCCAAAAAUACCACUGCAUGAAAAGCACCAAGAUUUUUCUCUUACCUUUUCUCGUCUGCAGAACGACUUUGAUGAUCUGAUUGGUUCUAUUUCAGCUUAGUCUUUGGCCAAUCUUAAACAGCUAUGUCCUGUCCUGUGAAGCUUAUAAGAGAGUUUUAGAUAAAAACUUGGAACAAAACCAGCUUUGAUUGUUCCACUUAUUUCAAUUGCUACUUGGUUAUAUGUUGCUCUUGCAAAUUGUUAUAUUUCCAUAAACCCUUUUAAUUUUUCUCUCUAAGCAUCUAAAACACAGUGUUUCAUCUUCUGACAAUGAGUUAAAAUUAACUGAACCAUAGAAAUCUAGAAGAAGUCGUGUCCUUCUUCUCUCUUGUUGCGAAUAGCAGAAAGGGAAAAAUGGGUUCAAAAGGCGAAAUCUUGUCACUGUACCGUUCACUUGUAUAAUCAGUUCAAUAAUUUUAUGACUACAAUACAAAGCGCUGCACUGGCGGUGCUUUCUCUGAAGGCAAAAUUGAUAGACCAGAUUGAUAAUUUCCAAAGCCAAUGAUAUAAUCGAAAAGAUAAAUAAAGUUUGAAGAUAAGUGGGAUCCAAUAUUAGGAUAAUUUGAUUAACUAAGUACUAGGAUACCCGAAACUAGAUUGUAAUUUGAAAAAAAAAAAAAAGCAAACUAGCACUGUUAAAUAUAAAAAUUCAAAAUGUGAUUAGGAAAAUAAGUAACAAUGGCUAAACCUCCACAUGCAGGUCUUUCUUCAACCGAGAGGGCAUUGCAUUAGGCUGCUCCAUUAAAUGGGUGUACAAUUUACGAUCAAAGUUGCAUUCAGAACUAUUUGCCAAGAAAUAAAGUUAAAAAUAAAAAUACGAGAGUAAACUACCAAUUAUAGGCUCAAUUUAUAACAUUUGUGACUACUUACCUGUCUCUGCCUGUUCAAAUUCAUGAUCACAUUUAAGCUACCUUUCUGCUCCUCCGGCUACUUCACGUGCUUCCAUUUACAUGUUAUAAAUAAACUGUGCUGUGGUCUCCCUCCCGAGGAUAAAAAUAACAAGAAGAAACUUUGUUAACUGGAAAUUUUCAAUAGAAAGCUGCCAUUCUAGAAUGGAAUCUUGUUCCAGAAGAGACAAUGGGCGCUUGAUGUUUAAGCCAACAAAACCACAUUUUUUCAAGAUAAUUUUUGAUGAUGACAUUCGUAAUAGAAAACUAGGUAUUCCAAAAAGAUUCAUCAGAAGCUAUGAGAAUGGUCUAUCAAAUCCGGUUAUCCUGAAAGUUCCUAGUGGUGCAAAAUGGCAAGUAGAGCUUGUCGAACAUGAUGGUAUAAUUUGGUUGCAAAAUGGCUGGCAAGAAUUUCAGAAGUAUUACUCCCUAGCCUUUGGAUCUUUCCUAGUUUUUGAAUAUAAUGAAGGAGAUUUUGAUUUCAAUGUAACCAUAUUUGACAAAAGUACUACAGAAAUAGACUAUCCAGUCAGUAUUAUCAAUGGAGACACUGAUGUAGAUCUUGAACAAACUGAAAGUGAUGCUUCUGUUGAAAUCUUGAGUCACUUCUCACCAUAUCGGGAAACAAGAAAGAAAUCACCAUUGCCAUUCUCUCCACCUACUAAGAAGAUAAAGCUAGAGAAUUCUACAGGACAAGAAGAAAAGAAAGGAGGAAUUUUUUGUCAGAAACAGAUACUAGAUGAGGUCCUGGGCAGAAUAAAACCAUUAACUGCUGAGGAAAAGGCUCAAGCACUUGAUAAAGCAACAACUAAUUUUAAAUCUAAAAAUCCAUUCUUUAUGAUUGCAAUGCAGCCAUCAUAUGUUCAUCCUGCAUAUAAACUGACUAUACCAGCAAGGUUUGCCAAGAAAUAUUUUGAGAAGAAACGCGAUAAUGCCUUACUUCGUACUGUGGAUGGUAAGACCUGGUCUGUUGUGUACAAUUAUGAUUUGAGCAAUGGAAAGGUAACAAGCCCAAAUUGGUCAUGGCUGGAAAGAAUUUGCACAUGAAAAUCAUUUAAAAGUUGGUGAUGUUUGUGUAUUUGAACUGAUAAACUGCGCUAAAAUUACAAUGGAAGUUGUCAUUUUUCGACAUAUUAGAGUUGCAAAGAACAAUCCAUCACUUGGUUAGUAACUAUUCAUGAAUCCAACGGUUAAUUUCAAUUCCGUUUUCUAAUCAUAAUGUGAUUCAGAAAACAGAAGUUACCCUGCUUUAGGUUGGUGUGAUGCAGUGAAAGAGGAAAAAUACUAACAGGAAGUUUAUGCAAAGGCAUUCAUGUUCAAAGGUUCCUGAAGCUGUUGUAGCAGCCAACAAAGUUGCCUCUUUGAAUCCUUUCUUCAAAGUAAAUAUUCGAUCAAGCCAUGUGGAGCACGGCUCUUUGGUAGAGACUUGAACCUUAUUCAUGCAUGAUAGAUUUGUAAAGUUACUGUUUGUAGAAGUUUUAUAGAUCUUGAAGAGAAAAAAAUUACGUUAGAUUUGAAACAUAAAAGCAGAUGAUUAACUUUCUCUUCUUCCGUGAGAUUUUGCUGGACCUGCCGAUAUUGAAAUCCUUGUGCAGACUGUACCUGUGGAAUUCUUCAGGAGUUAUGCCAAGAAGAGCAUUGAGAAUGUAAUAUUACAAGUUGCAA